AUGCCAGGAAUGAACCAGGUGGUUGCAACAUGCUGGACUUGCCUGCUGCUUUCUGCUUUCCUCUGUGAGCCUGUGCUGUCCAAGGGCGGUCGCGGAGGGUCCCGGGGCUCCUCUCGAGGUUCCCACUCCCGGGGCUCCACAGCUGGGAAUUACCGAGGAGGAGGCGCCUACGGUGGGACCCGCUCUCGCGUCAGGACGGCGGGGCGAUCCUCCCCUGUGAGGGUGGCAAGUGCAGCAGCAGCAGGGGCAGCAGUGGCAUUAACGGCUGAUAAAUGGUACGCCUCUGCCUACCGCCGCAGCAAGGCUGACAACUCAGACGAAGAGAUGAGUUACUACAACAGGACCAAUUACUUUGAUGCACUUAUGUCAGGCUCAACACAAAAUGGAUCGUCUCUCUCUCGACUGGUUUCUAUCAUUAUUGCAACAUUUUCCCCCAAAUAUGGACUCUUACUGGACCUUAUACUCUAG